CACCUACACUACCAUUUUCCAAACCCAACACUUGUUUGCUUAAGUAGCAGUCCCCAAGAGGCUUACUGUAUACUAUCCAAACUAACCAUGAAGAACAUCUUCUUCUCUGUGUUCUUCCUUCUCUCUUUCCUUCUCUGCCUGGCCAAUGUUAGCGAGGCAGCUGUUCCAUGCAGCACAGUUGACAUGAAGGCAGCUGCUUGUGUUGGGUUCGCCACUGGCAAGGACUCGAAGCCCUCAUCGGCAUGCUGCACUGGGCUGCAACAGCUUGCUCAAACUGUGAAGUCUGUUGAUGACAAGAAGGCCAUUUGCAGGUGCUUGAAGGCUAGCUCCAAGUCUCUGGGAAUUAAAGAUCAGUUCUUGAGCAAGAUUCCUGCUGCUUGCAAUAUCAAAGUUGGCUUCCCUGUCUCCACCGCCACCAAUUGUGAAACGAUUCACUAGAUUGGGAAGGAGGUUUGGCAGGUGUAGUGUUCUAGGAAGAGACGAAAUAAAAUAGGGCAAUGUAUGUGGUUCUUGUUAGACCCUACUUUGGACCUCAAUAAUCAUGCAUCUCAAGUUGGCUUUUAUUGCACCAAUUCACUUCUCUUGUUUUCAUGAUGGUGGACCUUUUUAUUUUAUAUACAUUUCCUUCUUACUGAUAA